GAGCAUACAUAAGUGGUCAGUUGGGGUCAUUCUGUGGAGAAGGAAAUGCUUUGUAGCUGUGGUCAAUCUGUUAAUGACAAGAACAGUGGACAGGCAGCUGGGGUCACUCAUGUGGACAGUGGUCACCUCUGUGUUGAGGCUGUGGUCAGUCUUCCUGUUCAGUUUAGUUCAGGACUUGGUUAGAUAUCACUAGUACUUUGCUGGGCAGAGAGGUCACCAUAACAGGAAUUUUGCAGUGUCUAUUUGGAUCAAGGAUCACUUCAGAUCCAUGUUAUGUUUAGGUUUUAUGGAUAGUUCAUGACAUUCUUUGUAUUUUGAAUUUGUACCUGGCUAAUCAAAAAUGAAGGAAAUGAGCAACCAAGGACACGACAGAAUGGAGUUGUCUUUCUCUAACCAAUGGGUCCCCAUCUCACAGGAUACAAAAGUGAUCACAAGCACCCUAGUCCCCACACGGCCCUCAGGACACCCCCUACAAGAAGGGGAAGGACACGAGAGAUUAACCCCACCAGACCAGAUGACAGGGGGCACAAGAUGGAGGUUUCAGAAUCUUUUCACAACACCAAUGUCACUAAGGCCGUCUCCUUUACCUAAAAUAAACUGGGCAGAUCACGAGGAUGUUUGGACAAUUAUGCUUAAAAAAGACUUGAUUUAUGCAAAUUCUAGAAAGCAUGAUGCCUUGAAUAGGCACCCAACUCUACAGUCCAAAAUGAGAGCCAUUUUACUAGAUUGGUUAAUAGAGGUUUGUGAAGUAUAUCGGCUACACAGAGAAACCUUCUACCUGUCUCUCGACUUCUUGGACAGAUAUCUCACAGUGCAAACAAAUGUACAGAAACACCAGCUACAGCUACUAGGGAUAACUUGUUUGUUCAUAGCAGCAAAACUAGAGGAAAUCUACCCACCAAAAUUGUCAGAGUUUGCCUAUGUUACUGAUGGUGCUUGUACAGAAAAUCAAAUUUUAUGUAUGGAAUUAGUGGUUCUCAAGGCCCUGAACUGGGAUCUUGCCCCCAUGACAGUCAUCUCUUGGCUCAAUGUGUACAUGCAGCUCAUUGACAUCACAAACAGCAAGAAAGACUUCAUCCUGCCACAAUACUCAGCACACUACUUUGUGCAGAUAGCCAGGUUGUUAGAUCUGUGUAUGUUGGAUACAGGGUGUCUACAAUUCUCAUACAGUGUCAUAGCAGCCUCUGCUCUGUACCACAUGUCAUCAGAUGCCAUUGCAUUUAGAGUAUCAUCAUUCAAGUGGCUGGAUAUUGGUGCAUGCUCACAGUGGAUGGCAGCGUUUGCGCGUACUGUGCGUGAAGAGGGGCUAGUGGAACAAAAGUUCUUUCCAAAUGUUUUACAUGAGGAAGCGCACAAUGUACAGACGCAUUCUGUGGACCUCAAGAUGCUGGAAAGAGCACAAGAGCUUCAGCUAGAGAUAGAGCUUUCCUCUAGAGCAAGUCCUGAUUUGCAUCGACAGAGUCACGAGAUCACCAUGUUAACUCCUCCCUCUAGCAGUCGAAAGAGCCACCAAGAUCUGCAAUCAUAGGAUCAACGUGUCAUAUUCAUCUAGCCAUUUUACAGCAACACUUGGAGAGAAGAAAAGAAAGUUAGACUACAAUUGACAAGGUGCAAAAAGGCCAAGAAGAGGAGUAGGAUUUCUGUCACCGUGUUACAAACAAAUACGGUUGGAUCAACAGCAAAGCUUGUUUCGGUGAAAAGAGCAAAGAUGGAGAGGUUUUUCAUUGGAUGUGAAGAAUAGUCUUCCUACAAGAAGUCUUCUUUUAUGUAAGGUUUCUUUUAUAGACAAUUUUAGCCAAAAUGAAGAUUCAGUAGUUGACCAAGAUUCAGCCAAGAUUUAAAGGGCCAUACAAUGAAACUUAGCACCCAUGUCUUAUAAUGAUUUGAUUAAGAUAUUAAAAUUGCACAAUCAUUAGUUGAUCAUAAAGUGAACAUCUUAUCUGCAUUUUAUAUUGUUCCUUGAUAUUUUACUAAUGCUGUGCAUUAAUUUAUUCAGUUGCUAAGUUGUUAAAUACUUGGAAGCUUUGGUUUUUUUAUUAUCACAAACAUACACUGAACAUUUUACAUUUUGCAUUGUGUUAGACUCCUUAUUUGAAGUCUCAGCAGCAGAGUAGAGCUCAAAUAUGUGUUAAUUUCAUAUUAUUUAUUUUGGAUUUAUUCCAUGUUAUUGGCACUAUUGAUUUCAUCUUUUAAAUAUUUACUGAAUUUAGUUCUUAAGUCACAGCAAAUUUCAGUAUAAAACGUUUUAAAAACUUGCAAAUUUUUAAAUAACAUUGGUUUGUUUUGUAUUUAUGUUGCACAUGGGUUGGUCGAGCAUUUGACUGUGAUAGAUAUUGCAAAGAAGUGUGGUGUAAGUUUGAAAUACUUGAUGAUUCAAUGAAGAUUUAACAAAGCUUGUAGAUUGAAAUGGGUUAUUCAGACUAGGGAAGAUUGCAUGGGAGUAUCAAGCUGUGAGAAAGUGCAUGUGAUUUUGAAUAAGUUGAAUUAGUUCCUUUUCAGCAAUGCACUAUCGGACUUGGUUUGACAGGUAGAACUUUGAAUUUGUGAUAUGCUUCAAAAGUAUGUUUUUGGAAAUUUUUAUAUAGUUUAAACAAGUAGCACAAGUUUCAAGGUUUGACUGAGGUUGGAGAGGACACUAAGUGGCCUGUGUCUUCAAUCUUGGGCAUCUUUUUAAGCUGUGGUUGAUUUUAGCGAUAAAGCUGCAUGGUGUCAUGAAGCACUUUUUCCCCCUUAUUUACAGACCUGUUUAAGUUUCAUGCGCCAUGCCCUGUGCAUAAAUACCACCAGUCAAGUGUUCAGGUGAAGAUAAAGAGUCAUUUGAUAAAUGCACUGUUUCAAUGUAAUUAUGAGAAUUUUGCAAUCUAAAUACAUGUACUUGUAAUUACCCGUAAAUAAGAGCCAGCUUCCGUUUUAAAAAUGGGUAGUUUUAAAAAUGGGCAGUGUUUGCCAGCUGGAGGUGAGGCUUUCAGCUGACUGCUAAUCUUCCCAUUUGAUAUGAUUCAAUGAAAAAGCAGGGUGCUUUUGUGUAGUCAUGUACAAUCAUAAUCAAUAUGUCACUUUUUUAAUCUCAGUCAGGUUCUGUAGCUACAGCUUGACCUUUAUUAUUAUCUUUUUUCAUCUUUAUUUAUUUUUAGAAUAUAGGAAUCAUCUUGUCAUAUGACUAGGCAGUCCAUACAUAUAAAGUCUGCUGCAGUGAAGGUUGACUGGAGUCAUUAAAAUCAAAUCUGUUGAAAGCAAUUAAAAGCUUUUUGCUGUUGAACCUUAAACAAUUUAAAGCUAUAUAAAGUUGAAAAUUGAUGUCAAAAUGCUUGUUCUAUCCAAACCACCAACACUGAAUAUACACCACUCUUCAGUAAAAUUACUAGUCUUCCCAAGAUGAGUUAUUUUCACACUUGACAAUAAUUGUUUUAGACUUAAUAAUCAUUUUAGUAUAUGUAGUAGCUACUAGUAUUACAAUUAGAAUGAGUGACAUUUGGCUUUAGUUAAAAGAAUAUGAAAAAAAUAAGUGUACCUCAUUGAUUUUAAUAUAUUAUGAAUUCAGUAAGGACUGCAGAUCAUUCUUUGUUGAGUUUGAUUUGAAUGUUCAGUAAUUUUAAAUUAUAUCAAAUGUGAUUUGUGUGCUGCUAAGGAAAGUUGGAGAUUAUUACAUUUAAUGCAAACAUGGUAUAUGUUAAGUGAUGUUAUGAUAUAUAACAAGUUUUACAUAGACCAUCUAUAAUCUUAUAUAUAGAAGGCAAUGGCAUUAUAAACUGGGAAUAUUUAUCUAUUUUAUUUAUCAAAUCUAGCUCAUUGCAAUUGUAUUAUGUAAAGAAUGUGUGGAGUGUCUGUAAAUUUAAGCGUCAAAGACCAAAAUAUUGUGGUACAGAAUGUAUUUAUUGUUAGAGAAAUGAUUUAAGGAAUGUUACGAAUUAGAAACGUGUGGAACACUUGGUAAGUUAUACCAAGCAAAGUUGUAUUGAAUAAAGUGAAAACUGAAGUAUUA